AUGCGUGAAAUUGCACACAUACAAGCAGGUCAGUGCGGUAACCAGAUUGGUGCUAAGGUAAAAAUUAUACAAUACUGUUAGCAAUUGAUUAGUUUUGGGAAGUCAUCUCCGACGAACAUGGCAUUGAUCCGACAGGAACGUACCAUGGCGAUUCCGACUUGCAGUUGGAACGCAUAAAUGUCUACUACAACGAGGCGACUGGUGGAAAAUAUGUCCCGAGAGCCAUUCUGGUUGACUUAGAACCAGGGACAAUGGACAGCGUCCGAGCUGGUCCUUUUGGUCAACUUUUUAGGCCUGACAACUUUGUCUUCGGACAGAGCGGUGCUGGUAACAACUGGGCUAAAGGUCACUACACGGAGGGCGCAGAACUGGUCGAUUCUGUCCUCGAUGUGGUUCGCAAAGAGGCAGAAUCAUGUGACUGCCUGCAAGGUUUUCAGCUUACCCACUCGCUUGGUGGUGGCACAGGUUCCGGCAUGGGCACGCUUCUUAUCUCCAAGAUACGAGAAGAGUAUCCUGACCGUAUUAUGAAUACAUUCUCUGUAGUGCCUUCGCCCAAGGUAACAUUAUUUUUUGAUGUUUUUAAUUUCAAUUAGGUGUCAGAUACCGUUGUGGAGCCAUACAACGCCACCCUUUCCGUGCACCAGUUGGUUGAGAAUACCGACGAAACCUACUGCAUAGACAAUGAGGCUUUGUACGAUAUCUGCUUCCGAACCCUGAAACUCACCACUCCGACCUACGGCGACCUCAACCAUCUGGUCAGUGCGACUAUGUCCGGCGUGACAUGUUGUCUACGGUUCCCCGGUCAACUGAACGCUGACCUUCGCAAGUUAGCUGUAAACAUGGUUCCCUUCCCGCGACUUCACUUCUUUAUGCCGGGCUUCGCUCCGUUAACUAGCCGUGGUAGUCAGCAAUACCGUGCCCUGACCGUUCCCGAGCUGACUCAACAAAUGUUUGACGCCAAGAAUAUGAUGGCAGCAUGCGAUCCACGGCACGGCAGGUAUUUGACUGUGGCAGCCCUCUUCCGUGGUCGAAUGUCGAUGAAGGAGGUGGACGAGCAAAUGCUUAACGUACAGAACAAGAAUUCGAGCUACUUUGUAGAAUGGAUUCCAAAUAACGUAAAGACUGCUGUUUGUGACAUUCCACCACGAGGUCUCAAGAUGUCUGUCACUUUCAUUGGCAACAGCACUGCUAUUCAGGAGCUCUUCAAGCGUGUGAGUGAGCAGUUUACUGCAAUGUUCAGAAGAAAGGCUUUCCUGCAUUGGUACACAGGUGAAGGUAUGGAUGAGAUGGAGUUCACUGAGGCUGAGUCGAACAUGAAUGAUCUGGUGAGCGAAUAUCAACAGUACCAAGAUGCAACGGCGGAAGAGGAGGGCGAAUUUGAAGAAGAGGAGGCAGAAGGUUAA